AUGGACGGCUUCGACGAGGAAGCUUUCAAGCAAUUCUUUCCCUCCAGCUUCGGGAAGCAGGAAAAGUCCGUUGAUGUUGAUUCCCAGAUCAAUCGGUCCAAGCGCGCGGAGGUUUCUGUCCCAAAGCCUCCCGCAGACGACGACAGGAGAGAACUAACUGCAUCCACCACAGCUGGCCCUGCAGAAACAGAAAGGAAGCCGCAAGAGCCAAAGGACAGUGAUGAUGACUCGGAUGAUGAUGAUGAUUCCGAGGACGAGGAUGACGAGGACGAGUUUCCCGUGUCCCACGAACUAGUCAUGAAGACGCAUGAGCGCGCAGUGACGACGAUGACCGUGGACCCGUCGGGGGCGCGACUAAUCACAGGUUCUACCGAUUGCACGCUUAAGCUGCAUGACUUUGCCUCCAUGACCCCUUCCACCAUCCGCGCUUUCAAGUCCGUCGAUCCGUCCCUUAAGAAGCAAUCUGCGGCGCAGGAUACACACGCCGUUCACUACGCUGCCUUCAACCCGCUGUCCCCCGGCCACGUUCUGGUCGUGACUGCUACGGCACAACCGCGAAUCCUCGAUCGAGAUGGCGACACCUUGACCGAGUUCGCAAAGGGUGACAUGUACCUGCGCGAUCUUCACCAUACAAAGGGACAUGUCUCGGAGGUAUCUAGUGGAGCUUGGUGCCCAUCUGAUGAAAACUUAUGUGCUACUGCGGGAUCGGACAGCACUGUGCGCAUCUGGGAUGCCAAUGUCGGUCGUUCACAGAAGGAAGUCAUUGUCCACAAGUCAAGAGUGGCUGGGUCUGCUGGACGGACCAAGAUGACAGCCGUCACCUGGGGAUCCCCGAAGCAGGGUGGAUCAGACAUUCUGGUUGCUGCUGCUCUUGACGGCAGCUUGGCUAUGUGGAGUGGCAAUGGUCCUUUUACUCGACCUGCCGGUGAGGUGCGAGAUGCACAUACCAGAGACACCUGGACCAGUGGACUGGAUGUCAGCUCUGAUGGGCGAUACAUUGUCAGCCGAGGAGGAGAUGAUACAAUCAAGCUGUGGGAUACCAGAAAAUUCAAAAUGCCGGUGACAACUACAUCACAUCCCUCGACAUCGUUCCGCUAUCCCACAUCGAACAUCCAGUUCUCUCCAUCGUCGGCGAAUAUUAUCGUCGGCUCAGAGACUGGUCACUUGCAUAUUCUCAACCCAGCGCUGAAGCCCGAGCUGGUAACCCCCGUCACGACGGGCUCCCCGUUGAUCACUGUUAUGUGGCAUGAGAAGCUCAACCAAAUCUUGACCGGCUCAGCCAACGCCGAAACCCACGUUCUUUAUAACCCGACAAUGUCUACAAAGGGAGCUGCCUUGGUCAUGUCGAAAGCACCCAAACGUCGACACGUGGACGACAAUAUCUCAUUCACCACAGACCUGGCUUCCGGGCUUGCUGGCGAUUCCGUGGUGGUUGGAUCCAACGGUGUCCCACAUUACAGCUCCGCGACCUGGUCUGCCCGUCAUCCAAAUGUUGGACUGACAGCCUCUGGUCGCUCUCGAGACCCUCGCCGACCACACUUGCCGCAGGUCACGCCGUUCGCCAAGUCUCAGUCCGAUGAGAAGUAUAUUCGGGAGAGCAUCCCUCUAAGCUCCAUGCGCGAUGAAGAUCCCAGAGAAGCUCUUCUUAAGUAUGCGGACAAGGCCCAGAAAGACCCUAUCUUCACGAGAGCAUAUCAAGAGACACAGCCCAAAGCCAUCUAUGCAGAAUUAAGUGACGAAGAAGAGGACCGUGGUCCUGAAAAGAAGAAAGCGCGGCGGUGA